GUUUCCAAUCGUUCCUUUACCGACUUAACCUUUUUCUAUUUGCUGGAUUUUGGAAUUGGGGGAUUCUAGACUUGAGGUGGAAGGAUGGAAGUUGUGCCAGUUCGAUAUGUAACUCGAGCCGACCAAUGAGUGUUGACAAGAGAGGAAUAAGACUCACCUGCUAUUAUCUGACUUAAGCCAUAUGACUUCCAGGAAUACCUGGGAGUCGUGUAUUUAUGCUUUUUUCCCAGCACAUUCCCAGAGGUCUGAUAAUCGGUUGUGCCGAAAGUCUCGUCAAACUGAACUAUUCCAUACGCUAUUGACUGAGUUUUUCCAUUCCAUCCAACUCGGAAAGGGCGAUUGGAUCAGGGACUAUUUUCCGCUUGGAUUGAUCAGAUUGAACGAAACCACUGGUACUCCCAGUUUAGGUGGUACAAUUGCCUUCCUACCGGUCUUCUGCCUUGCUAGAUAUGGUAGCAGUGAUCGAGAACCUAGAAGUGAUGCUGGUCCGUAUUACGGAGAGAUCCAGAGCGGUGGUGACUUGCUCUGUACCCGAUGCAUACAAGAACAACUUUUAGGUAUCCGGUCGGAGUCACAGCGUCCAAAGGGUCCAGACAAAGAAGAGGGAGCACUCCAGAUCCGGCCGAUCACCAAGUCAUCCUCCUUCUGCCACCAAACUCAGAUCAUAUCAAGUCAUCCAUCCAAGCAAGAGUCAUUAAUCCCAGACCCCAUCCAAUUUCCUGAACCACCUCUUGACCAGUACUCGAACAUUCUCCAUUCCCAAGGGUCUAUCCCCAAUGUCCGUGUAUCUCCCGUUACGGUAUCGUCAGCUUCUUGUGGACGCUAAGCCCCGAUCAGCCACUAUGAGGGCCUAGACAGGUCGGCGGCCUACUAGGGGUUAGGGGAGGUAAGCAUGGUCAAUAUCAGAAAAUAGCAAUCAGAAACCCGAAACC